GGAGAAAAGGAAAGGGAGAAGGAUAUUGAGCACACCGACCGAAAAUCGGAGUUUUGAUUUGGGGACUGAUGAUGGCUCCGAAGAUUCGCAGAACAAGCUUAACCUUCGUUCAUCUGAACUCCCGUUCGAUGUCUUCCAGAUUCUGAAUCCAGUCUCUGCACAGAUUCCAUCACCCUCCUCCUCGUACUCUGUACGUGACUGUGGGUCUGAAGUGGAAAUUCCUCUCUGCCACAGGGUUUUGUCAAUCUCGAUGGAUUGAGCGGACUAUCAUUCUCUCCGCCGAUCGGGUCGGGUUAGUAAACAGCUUGAUUGGAUUUGGUUGGGGAAUUGGAUUGUGGAUUGCCUCUGUGAAUUGGAAGGGUUCUGAGUCGGGUGAUUGGUCGAAUUGAAUGAGAGGGAGGGGAAGGAGGCGUGGGAGGUCGAGAAGUGUGAAGAAUAGGAACUGAGAGACUGAAGUGUGCUUGAUUGGGUGAUCGAGCUGAUGGUUUGAGGGUUUUGCCGAUCUGAUUUUUCGAGGGGAAAGUGAGCAGGGGAUUUGCUUUAUUCCGUCACCGACCAACAGGCGCAUUGUCUUCAGGAUCGCGAAAUGGCGUUCGUUUGGGCGCGCUAUCUUUUAACCAAAGUCAGGGCAUCUUUUGCGGACAGUGUGAAGCGAUUGGAGAGGGGUGAGAUAAAAGAGAAGGACCUUUUCAAUGCAACUCUUAGAAAAGUGAUGCGGGAACGUCUCACCUACAAGUACUUGGUCCAAGGCGAGGAAAUGGCACCCACCUUUGCCAGCCAAGGGGAGAACGUGUUGGUUAGAUCAAUAACAAGUCCAAGUGCAAGGUCUGUGUAUGUCAGUGAUGUGGUCAUGCUGAGACAUCCAACGGAUCCCAGUAGAAAGCUUGUGCGUCGUGUAGCAGCAGUGGAAGGAGACGAGAUGCUAUCGACUGAUGACAAGGACGAACCUUUUCAAUUGGAGAGAGGACAAUGCUGGGUGCUUUGCGACAACCCUUCCGUUGGUGCCAAGGAAGCUCAAGACAGCAGAACCUUUGGACCCUUGCCUGUCAGCAACAUCGAGGGCAGAGUCAUAUACUUCAGUCGUUCCAGUGUUGAUCAUGGUCCUGUGCUCAACAGUGACGAGGCAAUGGAGGAGGACUCGGCAGUCUUGGCUAUGGAGCUAGAUGUAGAUGAAUUGACCAGGCAACCUUGAGGUUACGGUGUUCCCGCAGAGUUCUGUUUCUCAAUAUGUUCGAUUCAUGUUAAUGUAUAGCCUCAUAAUGGUGGUCUCUGGCAUUUUAAGCCGAAGUCUCCAUCCUGCCCCAAGUGUUGGUUAUACGUCUGACACUUGUCCGAAUUCCAUAGUUGUUAUUAUUACAGCGUCUCCUGUCUGCUUGUGGAGGGUUUUAUGGAGUUCAUAUAGAGUCCGAAGAACGAAGCCAGCUGAUAGAUUGUUUCGCUUUUAUUGCAUACUGGAGCUUGUCAUGGGAAAUCGUGAGUGAGUUUACUUUGUAGCAGAUAGCUUUACACCAUUCUUAUCAAGGCCUUCUCUGGCAUAGGCCUCCAAAUUGGUGCGAUACCUAUGCGAAGUUUUGGAGGGUCCUUGAUUUUGACAGGAGACCGGGUGUUAUCAUUGUUCACUAGCCAGACCAUCUUUUGCAACUCCUAUUCUACGCACUAGACGGAUCCGAUAAAGGAUCGGAUCGUUUUUAUCGUGUGUGGCUGUCGAAUUGGAACUUAGUACCUUGAUCGAAUCUUCUCGGAUCUUCUCUUGCGAUCAUGGGUAAGAAAUGGCACUGUUCUCUCAUUUAUAAGUGUGUACUUUAUUAUUGUUUUUCAGAUCAGUGUUCAUUAGAAUAUUUGUCCCAAGAUGACUCAUUCUGCAGACGUCGAUUUGGACACGCUAUAUGCCUUUCGCAAAGCUAUCCCACAGA